AUGGCCGUCCUAACAGGUAAUGCGCUGGAACAGUCGUCAUCUCAUCGGCUCACCAGACAGGAGAGUCGACUAGGGACGGGGCUACGGGAUGAGAGGGAUGAGACUCAUUCGAGAGGCACGAUGGCGGCACUAAGAGAAAAGAGGAAGAGGAGGAGCGGGAUUGGCCCCGGCUGGACACUCAAAAGAGGCCCCCUGAGGUUGUCAGUGGACCGACCUGGCUCAGUACCUCACCUACUUGUACGGAGUAUGGUUGAACGUGUUCCUGGCAGCCAGCUGCAAGAUGCACGCCCGACUCCCCCGUGCCCCUGGCAUUUUGUUCCUGGCACUUGUCUGGCUUGGACACUGCAGAGCGUAGCGCGGACAGAAGCUGCGUCACUUAUUGGUGGGCAGCAGACACAAGGAAAGCCGUUGGCAAGUGAAGGGGUGUUGGCAUCCUGUGGCCUUAUGUCAGCUGAACCAGGGGUACGUACUAUGCUUAACAGCCCGGGCAGUGAUGGAGGGGUGGAAGACUCAAAUGUCAAAAUUGCAAGUGGGGUCGAUUCUCGCUGCUUUCUCUUCUUUUCAUCCCGCGCCUACUACUCCGUACUCCGGACGCCAGGCACACUGCACGCCGGCAUGUUCCCCUCGGCUUAUCUGCUACUCCUGGCCUUUUCAGCAGCCGCGGGUGAUGAAUUGCCGUCAUUGCAUCAAUGGAUGUUCCUGCACGAUCUGAAGCCAAAAAAGCAAGCGCCCUCAAACGCUUCACUCGUCCUCCUGAUUACCUCCUUCCUAAACAUGGGCGUGCCUGUGCCUGCCUGUGCCACCAACGGCAGGUACUCGUGCGUACCAUCCUGCCUUGCCUGCACCUGCCUCGGUUGCUUGGAUGGAACGGAAAGUGCCCUGACUGGACUUGGAAGGAAGCAAUUAUUCCUGAGUCUUCCAUCUUCCUCCACACAACUUGACGAGAUACCUACGCCCCCCCCUCCCUCGUCUUCGGUCUUCGACCCUCAAUGUCUCGGUCUGCCAGUAAGGAUUCAUCAUCAAAACAAACCAUCAGUCUCAUCGCCACGACGCCUUUGGACCAGAGGAGCGAAGAAGGAACAUGGCCGCACGCCAGAGAACGCACAUGACACCGCCCCAAAUUCCAUCCUCUUGAUCGACGCCUCCUUCAAUAUCAACGACCACAAUAACCGCCAUAGCCGCCUUGAUUCCGCCCUCCUAGCAAGCAGGAGGAAGAGGAAGCAUUUGCCCAUUCUCAAAAGUCUUGUCAACCUCGAAAGGCACGGCUAUGGCUGUCUUUGCACAAAGCCGUUACAGCUCGACAGUCUCGCGUACCUACCCCAUCAAAUCGCAUCAUCUCAAUCACCAAAAGUCUACCGCCCUGGCUUACUACGGCAUGAGCUUGCGCUUCCAUCGAACCAUACGCUGCCAGUCAGCGAAACAUCUCUCGCAUCGCCCGCAAGCUUUGAUCAGCAACGCAGCCAAGACCCCUUCCGAGCCGUUGCCGUUUUCACCUGCGCGCUUGUCACCAAAAUUCCUCCCAAAGUCAUCCGCCCACCGCUCAAAGAGUCCCGGCCCGCUCUCGUGCCCUCCAUCGCCUGGCCCCCGCAUGCUUCCCGUCGUUUCGCCUCACCAAGUUCGCAUACCUAUCACAUUCGCAAGUCGUUGCCACUUGCCACAACCUCUGUUUAUCCACCGCGUACUUCUUGGCCCUCUGGCUCUCUCACUGUCUCUCUUGCUCUCGAUUUGGUUCCGCAAGGGGUGGCUCUAGCAGAAACGGGAGUCGGCUGCGUCCCGCACUUAAAUACAUGGCUAGGUACGCCCUGCCGCUCCAUCACUCUACUUGUUGGCGCCGGGCUGUACUCAAGCUUCCAGGUCACGUCGGCAUCUCCAGCAGUCACCGUUGAACAUAGACCAGCAAGCACACGGUUCAGCAGUUCCAAGACAGAUGCUUUACUGCUUCUUCCGGGCAAGCACUUCUCAACCAUCUACGAGGGGCGUGUCGACCAAAUUAUCAAGAGACCAGGGGCGCACUAA